UCAUUUUCGCCCCCCCCCCCCUGGCUUUUGCUAGAGACGCCGCGCGGCGCAUAACCGGCUCUGCCAGCUCGAUUUCAUUGCGUCACCGACCGCUCUUCAGCCACAGCCACAGCCCACGACCGCGCCCGCACCCGCACCUGCACCCAACGUCAACACCACGAAGCUCUGAACGCGCCGAAUAGACGUGCGUACGGCGGGGUCACGGCAGCACCUCCUGCGAGUUCUAUCACUACCCCCUCUGCCCGCUCCUAUUGCUCUGUGCACCAUGGCAGCCGCACCCUCUACACCAGGCGACGACUUCGACUCCGACUCCCCUUUCGACUCUCCCUCUCCCUCUUCUCCGUCGCCCCCCGUUCCCUCCGAAAUCAGACCCAAUGCCUCUCCUAGAACCUCCCUCGACCACGCCCGCCCCGCUCCCCGCUCGAUAUCAACGUCUGGCGCCACAGCAAAUAUGACAACCUCCUCAACGCCGCUUGGAAACAUUAACGCCGCAAGAAACCCACGCCCCCCGAACGCCCCCACCAUCUCCAGCAGAGGCAGCGGUCUCAACGUCUCGCAGGAUAUACUGGCAAGGAUACAAGCUGUCCACCUGGGUAGGCAAGGUGCGCCGCCUGGCGGAGCGCCACGUCCCAAUGUCAUGUCACCCCCAGCAGGCGGUCCGGUCGCCGGCAACCCAGGGCCUGCUUCUUCGGGAGGGCCUCUUAUAGGCAAUCCAGGCGGCGUCCCUGCCAAUUUUCGACUUCCCCCCACCAGGCCGGAUAUGGCCAAUUUCCAGUCUGCACCUGCUGUCCCUGGUCGCGUUGGCAGGCCCCCAAAACCCUCUCUCGCCGAAAAGCGCGGCCUCAGACUCCCCGGUGGCCUACCUGGGACGACCUCUUCAAGCAAUGGCUCGGCUACACCUGCUGGCAGGAAGAAGCCGGGCCUGUCGCUCUCCCAGAUGAACGGAGAUCAGGCCCAGAAUGGUCCCCCUAAGAAACAGGAGACCAUGCUAGACAAAUACGCCGAAUACAUCGACACCAAAACAGGAAGUCUCAAAUUCAAAGGCAAGGCUAUCCUGAACUCGGACGGCGUGCAAUUCUCCAGCGGCACAACCUUCAACAUCUCGCUGGACGAGGUGGAUACCCUCGACGAGCUCGGUAAGGGAAACUACGGUACCGUAUACAAAGUCAGACACAGCAGGCCUCGGAUGAGGAGACCUGGGCAAGGGCUAGCGGGCAACAAAGCCCCACCAGGCUCCCCAUCUCGCAAGGACUUCGACGACGAAUCCAGCCCGACGAAUGCAAAGCCUUCCGGAGGCACUGGCGUCGUCAUGGCCAUGAAGGAAAUCCGACUCGAACUCGACGACGCGAAAUUUGCCGCCAUUAUUAUGGAACUGGACAUCCUCCACCGCUGCGUAUCUCCCUACAUAAUCGACUUCUACGGUGCUUUUUUCCAGGAAGGUGCCGUAUACAUCUGCAUAGAGUUCAUGGACGGUGGCUCGAUAGACAAGUUGUACGGCGACGGUAUCCCAGAGAGCGUUCUGCGCAAAAUUACCUAUGCAACUACCAUGGGCCUGAAGUCGCUGAAGGACGAGCACAACAUCAUCCACCGCGAUGUAAAACCGACGAACAUCCUUAUGAACACGCGAGGUCAGAUCAAGAUUUGCGACUUUGGGGUCAGCGGUAACCUCGUAGCGAGUAUCGCAAAAACGAACAUCGGAUGCCAGAGCUACAUGGCUCCCGAGCGAAUUUCUUCUGGUGGUAUAGCUCAGGCUGGUGCUAACCCUGGAGGAGGUACAUAUAGCGUGCAGAGCGAUAUUUGGAGUUUGGGUCUCACUAUAAUCGAGUGCGCGCUGGGCAGGUAUCCUUAUCCACCGGAAACGUACAACAAUAUCUUCAGCCAGCUCAGCGCCAUUGUAGAUGGUGAACCACCUGAUCUACCAGAGGAGGGGUUCUCGGAAGCAGCACGCAACUUCGUUCGCGGCUGCUUAAAUAAGAUCCCGAACCUGCGUCCAACAUAUGCCAUGCUUCUCCAACACGCAUGGCUUGCGCCUCUCGCGAAGCCUGAGACAAUCGCGGAAGAAGAUGAAGAGGAGGCUGAGGCGGCGGCAGCCACAGAUUCCGAAUCACAUACCUCAAAAGGAUCGCCCGAACCUAUCGAAGUCGUAGCCGAUCAGGAAGUGGCGGACUGGGUAAAGGAAGCUCUAGAAAAGCGGCGUCAAGGAAAGCUUGGCAAGGCACCGAAGCCCGCUCUUCACGCUGCGCCACUUGACGCUGUGUCAAGCCCUUCACACAAUGGCGUCAAUAGUUUGGAUGUGCCACCCCAGGAAACGACCGUCAGCACCUAGUAGGAGGGCCUCGACACAGCCCGAAUCUUCGCCGGCAGUCGGCAGUGCUGCAAUAUCCUUUCAGUUCUAAAGAGACCGCCAUCGGCGCUGUUCCAGCCGCGCAAGCUUGUCCAUCUCAUAGGAAGGCUGUGCGCUACCGUACAUAAUCGAUCUCAUUCGAACUGCGUUUGAUCUUUCAGUGAGAACCGUUGUCAAUCACUCUUUUGGUGUGCCUUCGCAAGGCUCAACAGGCUGCCCAGGAGUUAUGGCGCCGGAAAGGAGGCCGCUUUGAGCGCAGUGCAGCUCGGCAUACACGUCGCGUACCCUUUAAAUCCUCUUGUCGAGACAUGGUUGCAGGCAUUAGGUUCGAUGGCAUAGGGAUGUACCUAAGUAAAUGAAUAAGAGACUUGUUGCGGUG